GCCACGUAGCCCGGAAGAGACGCCGCGUUGCGCAUGCCCCUUCCUUUCCAGCCUCGGCCUCGGACCCUGAAGCCGCCGUGAUGUUGAUGCCCAAGAAGAACCGGAUUGCCAUUUAUGAACUCCUUUUUAAGGAGGGGGUUAUGGUGGCCAAGAAGGAUGUCCACAUGCCCAAGCACCCAGAGCUGGCAGACAAGAAUGUGCCCAACCUUCACGUCAUGAAGGCCAUGCAGUCUCUCAAGUCUCGGGGCUAUGUGAAGGAACAGUUUGCCUGGAGGCAUUUUUAUUGGUACCUAACCAACGAGGGUAUCCAGUAUCUCCGUGAUUACCUCCAUCUGCCUCCUGAGAUUGUGCCUGCAACCUUGCGCCGGAGCCGACCUGAGACUGGCAGGCCUCGGCCAAAAGGUUUGGAGGGCGAGCGGCCUGCAAGACUCACAAGAGGAGAAGCUGACAGGGACACCUACAGACGGAGCGCCGUGCCCCCUGGUGCCGACAAGAAAGCCGAGGCUGGGGCUGGGUCAGCAACUGAAUUCCAGUUUGUGAGUAUCCCCCUGCUUGCUUUCCCUAAGCUGUUGCUAGUAUUGUCCUCACCCUCCCCAAAUCUCAAAAGGUCAUACAGUAUAUGAGAUGCAGUAGGCAAACUUUGAUAAAUUUAUACAUUCCUGAAGUGGAUCAUUUAUGAAUAAAUCACUUCAUAUGGCAAGUUUAUAUUUUGUUUCAUUACUACUGGUGGUUAUCGUAACUCCCAGAUUUAUAAAGUGAAGUUUGAAAAACAGGUCUAGUUCUGAGUCAUUCCAUAUGUAUUUGUGGACACUGGGUGGGUGGCCAUAUACUGGUUUUAACCAAUGAGGGAACUGGCCUGGGUGUCAUGUGUCAAAAUGGCACUCUGGCUGCUUGCUUUUAGUUGUCUGGGGAUUGUGAGACCAGAAACUUGGCAAGGCCCUGAGGAAGGAAAACAUGGAGUGUCCUAACCCGAUGUGCUUUCUCUUGCAGAGAGGUGGAUUUGGUCGUGGACGUGGUCAGCCACCCCAGUGAAGAUGGAGAGGAUCAUUUUGUGUUGAAUAAACAUGUAGCCAGAAAAAAUG